GUGUCCCUUUGAAGCUUUUUGACACUGAUUUUCGUUGUGCCUGCGAUGACCGUUGAAUGACUUCUGACGUGGUGUCAGGAGAAGCAACGGUUGUUUACGAAAACAGCCGUUAAUGGAGCGUUGUCGUCAGGAGACAGCCGUUGACCACCGCUUUGCUUUAAGGACUCUGCUGCCUCAGUAAAGCCCUUGUGAUUGGAUGAAGAGAGAACCACUGACUACCAGUAUGGACGCGCUCCAUCCUGGAGUUUCCCAUAAUCCAUAGGUCUCUGAUCUGCAGCUGAGUCUACUGAACCCUGAACCGUGACCAACACUGGUCUAUGACUGACCUCCUGUCAGUUGAUCUGUCUUGUGCCAUGAUGAUGUCAGUAGAUGUGACCAAUCACAAUGGCCCCACUGCCACGCCUCCCACUUCACUCAGCCUGCGCUCCUCCCACAACCAGCUGCUCAGCAGUGAUGUCAUCAAACAGGGCUCUGCCACGCCUCCCAAGUGUCGCAAAAAGUAUGCACUUACGAGCAUCCAGGCUGCCAUGGGCCUUGGAGAAGCGGUGCCAUCUUCAUCAUCACCAUCAUCAUCAUCGCCAUCGCAGUCGUCAACCCCCAACAAUCCCAAACUAGCCAAGAACGGAGUCAAUCAGCUCCGUAAAGCUGGUCAGGAUCACAACAAAAACACAACUGACCUGACUGACCUUGAGUGUAAUUCAGAAACUAUAGCAGACGACCUCAGUGUCAACACACCUGAGGAGCCUGAUGGUCACACUCUCUCCAGUAACGAACAAGAGGAUGAUGUCACAAAGCUAGAUUUCGAAUUGCAACCAGACAGUAGUACAGAUGCAGAGCCCGAGCAGAACACAGAAUCAGAUAUAGACUGUAAUAUCAACACGACUGUGGAGCUCAACAUGAACAGCAACACAACAGGUUUUGACUUGAACAUAGAGACAGAGGAGAGCGACGACAUCAGCAUUCUGUCCGAGAAGGAUAUUGUGUCAAAGAUGAAGACCGAGGAAGACGGAGAUGAGGAGGCGGUGGUGGAGGAGAAGCAGGAAGAAGAUGAGGAGAAGAAACCUUUACUGAUGAUAAAGAGCGAGUCUCCCGUGAAGAGCCUCAAAGUUUCUUCAGGCCUGGAACUCAUCUCUGACCUCCACUCAAACCUCAAGCUCCUCAAAUCAGGCAAGGACUCUCCUGUGCCUCCUCCCCCCUCGCCACCCAAGCAGGCAAGCCCAGAGGACACACCCCUGCUCUCCGUGGCCUCCUGCUCCUCCUCUUCUUCCUCCUCACCAGAGACUAAGAAGGACAGAAGGACUGGCGCAAAGACAGACUGCGCUUUGAACCGCAUCCAGAAUCUGAACCCCAGUGACGAAGAAUUGAGCUGGACCACACUGUCCCAGGAGAGCAACUCCCCUGAGGAGACAGAUAUUUGGAGUGAGCAGUCGUUCCAGACAGACCCUGACCUGCCUCCAGGAUGGAAGAAGAUCACAGACAUGGCUGGUAUCUACUACUGGCACAUUCCUACAGGCACCACCCAGUGGGAGAGGCCUGCCACCCGCCCUGCACCCUCUGGACAGACAGAGUCCCAGGCCCUGAGUGACCACACAGCCUCAACACCGCGUAAACACUCCCUGGGCUCACUCAGCCCCUCACCCACUCCUGACCAAGAGUCGUGCCAGGCAGAGGUCUUCUACAGGGCGUCUACUCGCUCGGGCAGUACCACCUCCGACAGCUCAGUGGAGCCUCUCUCAACACACGAACCUAACCUCCCCACAUGUGGAUUUGUCAACAGCUGUUACUUUCCUCGUUCCACAUCUCUGCAGGGAGCGCCUGAUCAAGAGUGUCGCUCUCAGCAUCACGACGAUGAGGAGAAGAAACAGAUGUGGAGUGAUUUUGGCGGAAAGAUUGAUAGUGAAGUGUGGAAGGACCUGCAGGCAGCCACGGUGAACCCAGACCCCAGUCUGAAGGAGUUUGAGGGUGCUACACUUCGCUACGCAUCACUCAAGCUAAGGAACCGUCCAACAGUGGAAGAAGAAGAGUCCAGCAGUAUCAACAGUGAUCCAGAAGCAAAGUGUUUUGCUGUACGAUCUCUUGGAUGGGUGGAGAUGGCUGAGGAGGACUUGGCUCCGGGGAAGAGCAGCGUUGCUGUUAACAACUGCAUCCGACAGCUAUCCUACUGCAAGAAUGACAUCCGGGACACCGUCGGCAUCUGGGGAGAGGGGAAGGACAUGUACCUGGUGCUGGAGAAUAAUAUGUUAAACCUUGUCGACCCCAUGGACCGCAGUGUGCUUCAUUCUCAGCCAAUCGCAAGCAUCCGGGUGUGGGGUGUUGGCCGGGACAAUGGCAGAGAGAGGGACUUUGCAUAUGUGGCACGGGAUAAAAACACAAGGAUCCUGAAAUGUCAUGUGUUCCGCUGUGACACGCCAGCCAAAGCCAUCGCCACCAGCCUGCAUGAGAUCUGCUCCCGGAUAAUGACGGAGCGAAAGAAUGCCAAAGCAAUGGCAGGAGGCUCUCUCCACGACAGAAUGCAGGCAGGACUAGAUCUCCCUUUGCAAGCAGAGUUUCCCACACCAAAGACAGAACUGGUUCAGAAGUUUCAGGUGCUCUAUCUUGGGAUGUUGCCUGUGGCCAGACCAAUAGGCAUGGACAUACUGAAUGGAGCCAUAGACAGUCUAAUUGGUUCUUCCAACAGAGAAGACUGGACUCCAGUAGCCCUCAAUGUGGCUGAUGCUACUGUCACCAUCAGCAAGGAGAAGGAUGAAGAGGAAGUGCUGGUGGAGUGUCGCGUGCGUUUCCUGUCUUUCAUGGGCGUCGGGCAUGACGUGCACACAUUUGCCUUCAUCAUGGAUGCUGGUGGCCAUCGUUUCGACUGUCACGUCUUCUGGUGUGAGCCCAAUGCUGGGAAUGUGUCCGAGGCUGUACAGGCAGCCUGUAUGCUGCGGUACCAGAAGUGUUUGGUGGCUCGACCUCCCUCCCAGAAGGCCUGUGGCUCGUCGCCCCCCGGCGACUCUGUGUCCCGUCGGGUCUCAACCAGCGUAAAGAAAGGCGUCCUGUCCCUCAUUGACACCCUCAAACAGAAGAGACCCGUCACAGAGUUGCCGCAGUAACCACGGUUAAGCACUACCGACUUGACUCCCUGCCACAACCCCCAGUCACCAUGGUAACUAGUCGCAUUGCUGCCAAAACCUGUCGCUACCACAGACCCCUGUAACCAUGGAAACACAGUAAAUCCCCAGGGUUUGGGAAAUCCUGUCAUGAUUUUUGCUUUCUGGAGCAAAUUGGAAUUCCACCUCAAGAGUUGAUCCGCUCUUGAGCAGCAAUUCAAGUCCGUUUCCUCCAAAAUAACUGAGCUGGAUCAAGACUAAUCCCACAUCAAGAAGGAAGAACCACGAGAAACACCUGAACGGUGACAGUGUACAUAGAAGUUAACUCUCAUUCCCCCUCAGCACAGAGAAAGAGUGAGGACAGAGAGCAACAAUGAAGAACAAAGAAGUAGGAAGUGCUCCUUCAAGCACAGAAACGUGUGACGAGCGAGCUCAUCGCCUCCCAAACUGCUGAUCUCUCCAUGCUCUUGUUGUAUUUGUGUCUGUGCCUGUGCUGCCAGCAUGACCUUGCACACCUGGCCACACCCCCUCGUCAUUCACCUGGUUGUCCUGUUAGUCUGUAGUGGCUUUUUCCCCCCUCUGUCUCUCUUAUCCACGGUAGACUGUUGCGUAAAGUGAAUGGAAGGAAGGAGUUAUGAAAGCCAUGGUGUCUGAUUUUCGUAUCAGUGAGUAACGAAUUGAAGAAAUAAGGAAGCUACCACAGGAUAAAGAGAUUCGGGCUUUGUCGUCUACAGCACACUCUAACCUGUUCAACUGAUCCUGCAUGAACUUUUUAUAUAAAAGUGACACAUUCUAGACAAUAUCAAUACACUGCUGCUGCUUUCAGAGACUGAAGGGAUGAGAAAUCAGAAGCCACAUUGUUUUUCCUGUCUACUUCUUAGCUCUUUGUUUCUCGUCAACUGUGCAAGAAUCAGCCAGACUGGACUGGGACGGUCUAAACGAGUGGUGACCUUUCACCCGAAACAUCCUUCAUGUGCUUCCUGUUUACGUCUUGUUUUUACUCUUUUUGUUACCCCUCGGAAAAUGACAGACGAUAGCCAUAACGGAGGAGGAGGUACGGGGGAUGAACGGAGUGAUACUCCCUCACUUAUUUGCUCCCCCUGCUCUCUGGUGACCAGUACUCAUUGCUGCUCCAAACACAGGAGACAUCAGCAUGCUGCUGCUCUUUGAUACACAUGCUGGAGGAAAUUUGACUGAUGAUUCCUUUAAAUCCCACCUCAGUAUGAAUCCUCUGAGACUUCAUGUCCAUAAAUAAAAAAAGGUCCUGGAGACACGAGAAAGCCUGGAGGAGGAGGAAGAAGACGAAGACUGGAGGAAUGUGCUUUUAUACCUGGGUAUGGUUGUGAUGAUUUUGUUCACAGCUGUGAUUUGAACUACGAGGAAGUGAGAAGGAAAAAGACUGAUUUCAUCUCCAGCCUCAGCUGUUUUUUAAGAGGAAAACCAACCGUGACAUGUUGACUCAAACUAACAGGACUUUCCUGGGCUGCUAUCUAUCUGUCUCCAGGGUUCUGUUCACUUGAAUGCGCCUUUUCUGUUUUUUCCAUUUCCUACUUACUUACAGUACAGUAGGUCUGUUUUCAUCAGUGCCACGAGAUUACUAGCGUUUGGUCUGUUUUUGAUGAUUUAUUCUCACAGAAAUCUCAAGUCAACACUGCUAGCUCCUUAUUAUGCUAUAUCUGACUGGAUUGGAUAUAUGAUGAUAAUGAAGUCCUUUAUUGCAACUAAAGUCAUCAACAUUUCUCGGAUAGUUAUCUUGGAUGUAGGACAGCACGUAAAUACAAUACAUUUGACCGUUCUCUAAUUUCUGCCACCAAACAGGAACUGUCCAAUCAUAGCUAAGUAACUGUAACCAAUCACAGCAUGUCUGUCAGUGUCGAUCACUGUUUGCAUUUCUACACACGAUCAAAUUGUGGGCUUUUUUUUUUUUUUUUUUUUUUU